AUGCUGGACCUGGGCGCAGCAAAGAGACAGGCAGCUAUCACGGUUGAGCGACCUGGCUUUCGUCACCACAAAAAAGAGAACUUUGUGUGUCAAUCAGUGUUGCGCCCGGCGACAGAGAAUGGUGAGGAGGUCACCACAUUCCGGAAGCUGAACGCCACUUCUCCAGAGACGCCUAGUCACCAGGGCCUGCACCGGGAGCUUCUCCUCAGCCACAAGAGAGGCCUGCACCUGGAGGAGAAGCCAGAGCUGAAGCGCGUUCUGGAGCAGCGACGGCUGGACCAAGACCGGGAGCAGGAGUUGGCCCUCCGCCCGCCUUCUGACCUGGAGCAGGAGCUCCGCAAACGCCAGCUGAGGCUCCAGGAGUAUGAACAGGAGGAGCUGAGGAGGCGAGAAGGCCAGGUGAACAUCCCCGAGUUUGUGCGCGUGAAGGAGAAGCUACGACACAUUAGCCUGUCCGACGAAAGUGCCUGAGACACCAUUCCACAGCCUGGAGUCUGGACGCGAGUCCGGACCGGAAUGUCCUUUCCUUUGUGACCAGUGAAAAAAAGUUGUUAGUGUGGUGUCAACAAUGUUUGAAAACACAUUGAUGAUGAGUGGACUGACAUUAUAGAGCUGAAUACCCAAGCUGAUUUUCUUCAUACAUAGAGGCAAAAACCUCUAACUGAAGUGAAUAUUGAACCGGGUGGUUUGGAGUGAUUAUUCUGUGAAUGCAUUAUUUUCUAUCUCAUCUUUUUUUUUUUACUUACAAGAGAAAAAAAAUUGAAAACAGGCCAUCCCUGUGUCAUUGUCUUAAGUUUGACCAGUUCUAAUUCAAACACCAUUUGUAUUCAUAAUUGAUACUAUAAUUAUUUUAUGGUUUGUAAGAAACCCAUGUAAUGCUGUAGGAGGCAGAACAGUUACACACAAGCACACAGAUGACCCUUGCUAUGGUCAGACUGAUGCUUAUAA